ACAUGCCCAUCUCGCAAGCUCAGACCGCAGCAUCCACUGAUUAACCGUUCAAACAAGGCCUAGCCAGGUACACGCCUCCAUCACAGCCUCGCAAAAAAGAGUCAUCUCGCUUCAACACACAAACAGAACCAGAGAAAGAGAGAGGGAGGGAGAGAGCUCGCGUAAAAGGCCCCCACACGCGCGCCGACUCCCACAAGGCGCGCAAACUCGUAAAAUUACCAUACGAAAACUAUAAUCUCGUUCGGCCUAUCUCAUUCGCAGAGCCGCAGAGCUAAAAACUCACGUCCUGAGAAUGUAAAAGUCGCGGCCGCAUCGAGCGGCAUCUUUAUUAGCUCGGCUAACGACGCGAAUGGCCAGUAAACGCUAUUACGAGGACGAGCACGCAUGGAAAAAGGAACAGUCGGCGAGAUAGACGGAAUAGGCAGAUACGAGAGUCCCGAGAGGGAGAUGAAAGUAUGUCGCGUGCAAGAGUCGAGAGAGCGCAUAACUAUGAGGUAGUUAUGUCGCAGCAGGUGGUGGUUACGCGCCCGGAUGUCGCGGACGUGUUUGUUCUUUGCUCCGUUGAGUCAGCUGUCGUAGGUGGUUCACCGUUCGUGGAAAAAUUAAACAUUUAUUAAUUCCGGUGCUCUCGAUCAAUUUAAUUGAUCAUAGUUUCAUGUCGAUUUCAAUUAAUAAUGCCAUUAUCGUUAUUUUCAAGGAUCCAUUGCCAUCGAGAAUUCACGUGCAAGCAAGAGACUGAACCAGCUUAAUGAGAAGAAAGAUUCAUAGACAGCCUCAUAAACAGCAAUGAUAAAUGCCCACUAAAAAGUCCAAGCCUGCACAACUCAUCGCAUGAAAUAUAAAGAUGUUCCAUAAUUCAACAAAAAUGGUAAACAGAUUACAACCGCCGUCGCAUCGAUCAGUCAUAACUCCACGCCCAAUCUAAAUCAUCUCUGUAAUAUACCCUAUACGAGUGCCCACACCGCAAAAACAUUCUUUGAUCCUUCCGCGCGCGGAGCGAUCCGUUAUCCCUCAAUUUACUCAGUCACAUUACAAAUUAAUCCAAUUACGGACCUCCCAAAAUCAGCCGAUGUCGCGCGCUCUGAUAAACAUAUAGGUAUAUUUUAUUCGCCGCUAUCAUACCUCGCGUCUGCCUAAGCAUAUUAUAUACCUGCGCAUCAUCUUUUUCGACGCACCUCGGGAGGCCUCCACUCGCCCACAUAUAUAUAUAUAUAUAUAUACGUAUGUAGCUUAGUAGAGGACGCGCUCGAGUUAACUAUUGUUUUGAACGCGAGGCUCCCAUGGUAACCGGUUGGCGGCGUCCGCCCCCGAAGUGUAUACCUGCGCUUGCCACAUAACCCUUAUCUCUUUCUCUCUUCUCUGAGCGUACCUUUGUCCAGACCGCGCUCUCUAACAAUUUUCUCGGGGAGGCGCGGCUCUCAGGGUGGUCUCCUCGUUUACCUUUUCGCUCUUCCUCGUCGAUCCUUUUCGUACUCACACGCACCCAAACAUACACAUAUCCAAGAGCAGUGCAGUAUUGGGCGAUGUGGCGGCUGAAGUAGUGCGAGGCGAUGUCGCUGUUCAGGACGAAAGAGUGGUGGCGCACCGAGUGCGGCGACUCCAAGGAGAGUUUCGACGGCCAGAGCUUGCUAAUCGUUCAGCAACUGUUUGGAAGAGGAGGAGACGGCGGUGGACAGGACAGCGAGGAGCAGCAAAAGCAGUCGAAGGAGGUGAUCGUGGUGGCCAGUCAUGCCGGGUAUUUGAGGAUAUACGCACCGGCGAACCAGUGGAUCGACGAGGCCAAUGCGCCUGGUGCCUACAAGUCUACUGAUCUUGUUGUCGAGGCCAAGCUCGCCGAUUGUAUUCUCGAUGUCAAGGCCGGAAGAUUCGUUUCGGGUUCGCAGGAGACACGACUGGCUAUCCUCACUCCAACGAAACUCGUGGUUUACACUGCCACGUUGACCAAAGGCUCAACUGAACACGGUGACAGAUGCAGCCUACAGGUGGCUUACGAGCACCAGCUUCAGCGUUUUCCUGCCUCGCUGACCAUCGGUCCUUUCGGUGGAGCCAGGGGUCGAGACUUUCUCUGCGUUCAAUGUCUUGAUGGUACCUUACUGUUCUACGAGCAAGAGGUCUAUUCGUUUAGCCGUUCGCUCAAGGCACGACUGCUGCCCGAACCACUAGUUUAUAUAGCGCGUAACGAUGUUUUCGUUACUAUGGGUUCUGGCUGGGUCCUCGAAUGCUACAGGUACCAGAAUAUUGCCGAAGUCGGUCGUAAAGAAGAGGCUGAGGGGGUGGACGUGUCGAAGGGUAUAGUGCCUGACUGGAGUUACAACAUCGGUGAACCGAUACUCGACAUCAACUCUGUAAUCCUGAGCAGUUUCGAAGUCGGGAUCGUGGUUCUCGGCGAGCGCACGCUAUACUGCCUCGGUGACGCCUGCACCUCCAUCAAAUCCGCAAAGAGGCUAGAAUACAGCCCGCUAUGCUUUCUCGCCUACGUCAUAGAGCCGGACGGCAAGCUGAUGGUGAUCGUGAUCGCCGAUACGAGCACGCUCAUGAUUUACGAAGGUACGACCCUCAAGUGGUCGGCGCAGCUACCUUUUGCUCCCGUCGCCGUGGCCAGGGCGCACCUUCAGAACCUGGAAGGCGCGAUCGUGAUCCUGUCGGAGGAGGGUCGCCUGGAGGUCUGCUAUCUCGGCUCGGAGCCGUCGCUUUUCGUCGCCCCGCCGAUCCACCGCCGGGGAUUCGAUUACGUCGCUGCCGAGAAGGAGCUGCUCAAGCUGCGCCGACUUAUGAAGAAGUCCUCGUCAUCGGAUGCCCAGGUGACGAAUGCGAUGAUGGAAUCCGAACUCUCGAUAAACGCUAUCGUAUCACCGGAGCUGUUGCCGUCGCCUUGCUCUUCGAGAAACGAGAGCACCGAGGACAAAGAGGCCAGGCAGUCGAGCAUGUGCAAAAUCAGCGUCGAACUCACGUCCUACACCACUCUGCAGGAAGUUCAGGUUUUUAUCGAGGCAGCCAAGCCACUCGUUGUUUCUAAGGAUACCCUGGACCUCUCGAAUCUUUGUGAAAAGUACACGAUGGAGACAACGGUGUAUCUGGAGAACGAGUCCCUGCCGCUGGCCUCUGAGCUGCAGAUUACGGCGACUUACGCGAACGAAAGCGGUAAUCUUCGCGUCGUGCAAAAGACUGUACAGCUGCCACUGAAGAUGCUGCUGAGGCCCUGUCCCCCCGAGAGCACAGCAGCCUUCUCCGUCACCAUCAAAAGCGCCGAGCCCGUUCUCAACUUUAGCCAAAUCUUUCCAGAAUUCAUCGGCGAGUACUCGUCGCGCCAGGUGACGAAUUCUCUGGGACUAUUGCACGCCCAGGCUGCUCAAGUUGUGACAAUCGCCUCGGGUCUGAUGCUGAACAGGUAUCGCGUGCAGGCAGCCGACGGUACGGCUCUGCCACUGGUAAUCCACCAGCUAAUCUCCCGACUACGCGACAAGGCUCCAGCCGCCGCGGAUCAACUUAGCUGUAACGUAGCCCAACAACACCUACAACUCGUGCAGACGAAACUCGAUGCGCACUUUGCGGCGAGGAUUAAAAUUCGGGCUGCUUCUAAGGAGAUCGGCCUGCUGACGACCCAGUUGAGAAACAUCGAGAAGAGAAUGCUGCGCGGCAUGAGGGAGCGGAAUUCCCGAUCCCUCGCCGCUACCGGACUCCCGACCCUCCUCGACUCCACGUAUCGCGCGAUCUUCGCGCUCCUCGACGAGCUUCAAGCUGCCCGAGCGGAACGUGAGCGCACAGCACACAGCCUACAGUGCUCCUUGAGGUUACUGCUCCUGCUGCUUCAGCUCAGCGUGAGCGAGGAUAAGUGCGCGAUGCUCCAGUCGGCCAUUGGAUUCAAGCCUCAGCUGCGCGACGAAGUCGACUGGGAGGAAGUGACGGACAUGGCGUUGAUCGGCCUGACACGCGCUCUCUCCAACAAGCCUCAACAGCAGCAGCGAGACAUCGGCGGCGCCGAUGCUACCGCAACGCGGCAACACACGAGCUGGAACAGGUUCGAGUCGGCGCGCGAUUUGGCGAAAUUGAAAAAGCGCCUGGCGCACGCCCUCGAGAAGCUCUCGGCAAGCGGCAGCGGCGCCGGCAUCAAGGAGUCGCCCGCGGAGGAACAGGCUGCUGCUGAUGCUGCCACCGGCUAAUCUCUCGCAUCUCGAAUCGAUCCGUCACGACAGCACGUACAGCCUUGAUCGUGAUUCCUCGCUGUCGUUUUAUCCUUUUUUUUUUCUUCGAAGGGCGCGAUUAUUUUGCGAAGAAUGUGCAGGAUUCUUAAUUGUUUCGCGAUCGAGCCACGACGUUAAGUGCGCGAGAGGCGGUCAUUUUAUGGCGAACGCGCCGCAGCUGUAAAAUAAUUAAUUUACGACGGGCGUUGAUUAUCCUUUGAAGGUUUUCACUUCGUCCUCUGCGACGCGCGUGUGUGUAUGUGUGCUUGCGAAUGUAAUAUUGUAAAUACAAGAAAGCGACCCAGUCGCAAUAAAGUAAUUUACGUAUUACAA